CGUGUAUCAUCCUCGCAGAAUCAUAUCAGGCAGGUCUCAUCCGCUGUUGCUCCUGCGUGCUUUGGUUUUGGCGCCGGUUCUUAGCCUUCUUUUUUACGCUACGAGCAUCGAUCAGGAGCGACUGCGCCAGGGCCAUGAGACUACUAUGGAGCUCGAGCAGGAGCUGGGUGAAAAGGAGGAAGCCACAAAACAACAACGAGAGACGAAGACGAGCCAAGCCGUCAGAGUGGAAGAGCAACAGGAACAGAAAACUCUGCGGGCAAACUUCGACUCUGCGACGAGGAAGGACUUGGACAGCCUGCAGACCACGUGGCCAACCCUUGGAGACUUACUACUUGGUGAUCGGAAUUGGAGUCGGCAGAGCGAAAGGCUGGCUCCAGUGUACGGUGAACCCCUUCUCCCUGAACAGCCGGGACCACUGCAAGAAGUGACAUUCUUCCAACCCUAUAGCAGUACGCCGGGCAGGACUAGUGCGCCGUCCUGCGGGAUGUCAUUUUUGGAUCUGACGCCGACAAUAAAUGCUGGAGGGGGUAAUGAUAACCUUGAGGCCGCUACAGAAGGAGGGGGUAAUGAUAACCUUGAGGCCGCUACAGAAGCUUCCGUUUUCGAAUAUGUCCGGAGACAGACGUUGCGCCAAGCUUGUCCUGCUAUUGGAAAGGACUUCAACGGGGGAGACCUAUACUCCAUUAUCGGCGACGAUGGAGGCCGCGCUCCUGGCUUGCUCAUAAAGCACGUCGCAGUGCCAAUACCUCUACCAGCUGGAGCAGCGGGUCUGAAGCUUCCACGCAGUAUCAUGGACACAAAGGGGGGGCGCAUACCUCGCGAUGGCAGGCGGCUGCGGUCUCCUGGUGAAGUGAAUGCGGCCAAGAUUUUCAAGAGCUCAGAUCAGGAUCCUAGAGCUUGGAUGAAUUCGUGGGGCCCGAUGACAACAGAUGCUGGCACCGUAGAGGAUCCUGCGCUGCGGCGUGCGUGGCUGGAGGCUUGUUUUCUCAGCAAGGUUGUCUCAAGAGAUCGCGUUUGGCUUGCGGUAGAAUACGAUAGGGGGCCUAAUGACACCCGGACUCCGAUGCUAUAUCGCCUGCACUUUGUUUACGUAAAAUGGACACGUGAAACCCGGAGGAGCGUCAAGGACUAUUUUGCGGCAGAUGGCCUUGGGCUUCUGUUAGACGAACCCCAAUUCUGGCGGGCUGCUUUCCAAAUGGUCGAAGCUGUGGAAAGUCUGCACAGCGAAUACAAUAUGGCACAUUUGAAAAUCGGCCCCGAGAGUUUUGUGAUUACUGAAAGCGAAGACGGCGCCAAAGUUUCUCUCAGUGACGCUGGAUACGCCGUCUCGACUGCUUCGUCCGUCACGAUGAAGGAUUUAAGUGGCCUCCGCAAAAAUCCAGAAACAGAGGACCCGCUGUGGCUAGGAGCGGAGAACCGGCGGCCGCAUGGAGCGAAGGCGAAGGGCCCGCUUUCGGCAGAAGCCAGGACUUGGCUAUUGUCGGAAGCCAAGUCCAUUGACCUUUGGGAUCUUGGUGUGACACUUUCUAGGAUGAUAGUGGCGUAUUUUGAGGCCAACAGUAGGGACCAAGACCAACAGACGGGAGACGCCGUGAACCGGUUGAGAGACCGCGUGGAGGAGUGGUGUGAAGGUGCGAAAAUAGGAGGAGGCGCCCAAGCUAUCGAGGAGGUCGAGCAGAAUUUGCGCGACCAUAUUCUCACGUGCCGGGAGGGAGACAAACCACGCAGCGCAACCAGGCUGGUCGAGGUCUUGCGCAAGCUGCAACCGGGCGCCACGCAGGGGGGAGACACUGUAUGAAAGAGAGUAUGGAGCCAACUAGCGUUUUCUUUGACAGCGAGAUCACGCAUAAGAGCUGGGUCCGCUCCUUUGUUGUAUCCCUGGCACGCGGCUGGCCAGAGGGGAGGGGGUGUUGUGCCGGCUUUGUUUUGUGCUCGAUGGGGUCAGGCUGUUCUCGGUAGACGGGGUAGGGGCUUCAACUAUGUCGUUGGUGUGGCCGCGCCGUGUGCGGGUUUGACAGGAGGGGCGCUGCAGUUCUGUGGCGGUGGCUGGAAUUCUCUUUAUCCGCCUUUUUGGUGGUCGUGCUGCUGGCUUCGGCGCUGGCUCUUGCCCUUUUGCGGCGGGGCGGGCCGCUUCCACGAGACUGAGGGGGCCGGCCUCUUCGCGUUGGUUCCCUCGUUGUCCGUGGACACCAGCGCCAGCGGCGCUCUCGUCUGGUUCCUUGCUACUAUGUCGGUCGAGCUCCCUCUCUUGCCAAUUCAUUGCGAAAGGGCCACCGCGUGGCCCCAAGCUCCUGGCCGAAUGUAUGAUACAGCGGCCGCCUCGGCCCUCGCGUGCACGCUUGGGUCGAACGGUGCAACAGCCGAGGGCCCAGCGCUUAAGCGAAAACUAAAGGGCCCCCAGACUGGCUGCGCCGUUCUGCUCAUGGGGGAGCGUAAGGCCAAAAGAAUGAGCCGGGGCAUCGCAUCGACGUGACGCCAGGGCCCCCCUGUGCUCAGUGGUGCGCUGCUCUUGUGUUCCACUUUUUGCCACUCGCCGCCUGUCGCCCGUCAGGCCAAGCGAAGUGGGACGUGGCAGGCCAGGCGUGAGGCCCGUCAGGCCACGCUCCUGACGGAGCCGUUCAGGCACGCUCUGAACGGUCUGAGGGAGGUUUGGCAGAUCAGGCGUGACGCUUGUGACGUUCUUGGCGCGCGAAGCAAUUAGGGGAGAGCGCGGCAGAAUGCGUAGGCGUGAUGCCCGCGGGCCACGCUCUCAGUGGAACAAUUCCGAGAGACCGUGGCAGAGCAGGCUGCACGCCCGUCACGCUCGUUCCCGGGGUGGAGUAAUAGGAAGAGGACGCUGCGGAGCAGGCGUGACGCCCGUCACGCUCUCCUUAGGAGGAGCAGUCAAAGAGCGGGGGCAUUGGCAUGAGUGACAGAAAAGGCAGGAGCGUGACACCCCCGAGAAGCUGAGGCGCAGCCCGCUCCGUGGUGCUCGGCGCUCGUUGGGGUCCGGCGGCGCAGUGUCUUCGCUUGGGUGUUCGGUUCUGGGUGUGGCGGGUGCCUCGGUGGGGUUGUUUGUGUCCAGGUGUCUCUCUCUGGGUGUUUUUGGCUGGGUGUCUGUGUCUGGAUUCUUUUGACAAGGUUGGGCGCCUUUGGCUGGUUUUCUUUCUCUGAGCCUUUUUGGCUGGGUGUCUGUGUCUGGUGGUCUUUUCUUGGGUGUCUUUGUCUUCGCUAUCUUCUGGGCUUGUGCAUGUAGCCAGAAAGAGAGGCGCCUCUGGCUCUUUCUUGUCUUUUGCUCGCACCUGUUCACAAACAGGCCCGCCCCGCUAGGAAUGGCCUGAGCACUCCGCCACAAAAGCAAGGAGUAGCUGCGGCGACACUCGUGACAAACUAACGCUCGCGCGCGCACUGUUUGAGGCAGGCGCCGGCCCAUGCAUAUCUUGACGCGCGUGCCCCCUUUUUCUUGUGUGUGUCAGUCUCUCUUUCGCUCCUACCUGCUUGCCGUUCCGAAAAUAUAAUGCCACGUCGUCUCGUGUGGGCGGCUGGUAGUUUUUCAUUGCGUUGAGCGUCUCGGCGUCGGGGUAGCCCGCUUCCUUUGCAGCUUGCCUAGGGUGGUCAGGGGGCUUGUGUGUGAGCUUAUUCGACGUAUCUGGGCCGGCUUUGUCGCCUUGGUUGCAAUUCAUGGUGGCGGGGCCUGCGCCGUGAUGCAUGUCUUGCGGCUGCUCUUGAAGAACGGUGGCUGAUGGCUCGUUUUUGUCCCGGGUUGGUUACCCUUCACAGAUUCAUGGUUCUUACCUUCGACUGCUGGUUCUGGUGGCAACAACCUCAUGAAGCGCUUGAGAUGGACGGAGACCGACGCCGCCAAUGGUGAUUACGGGUCAACACCAUGGCAGCAGCUAGGCUUUCACUACUUCCGCGAAGGGAAAAGAUUUCGGGACCCACAAGCCCCGUACGAAGGUCGAUGCGCUUGGGCUCUAUUCGAUGUUCUGCCGCGCGUCGCGCUGAAGGCGCAACCAGUCGGGCCGAGCUCGCUUUUCGAUGCAUUCUGCAGCCCGACGGGUGUAGAGCCUACGCAGGUGUCCGAGUUUUCAUUCCAGUCGAGUCCACCCCCUGACAGUCCCAAAGCGUCGCCACAGCCAUCCUUCACGCGAACAAAAUACACACUGACACUAGGAGAAGAAAGCUUUGACAUAGUGCACUCGCAACUGGCUGUGAAGACGGUUGGGUCCCCUAUAUUCGGAAGACGGGUUGCAGCGUCCGACUUGAAUAUAGCGAAGGAGCCAGUAAAGGCGGGGACGCUAAUAGGCCUCACAAUGCCCACGCUGGAGGCGUGUGUUCGCGCCGAUAUUGCUCGUGGAGGCGGGUCGCGGAAAACGUUUGCCCCCACCUUGGAGGUUUGGGUUCGGAACCCCGGCAAGCUCCCUUAUGGAAGUCCCCGCUACCCCAUCCAGCCGAAAACUCAUCCUGGCUCCGUUUCUGAUUACUGAGAAAGCGAGUCAAGGAAGAAUGAAAGCUUCGGUGGAAUAUGGCGGCCUCUAAAGCUCUACAUCGAAAGGAACAGAGCUUGUGUAUGUCCAGAAGCGUCCACUUUUGGCGCAGACUCUCGACAAGUUUUUAGAGUUUCCGAAACAAGGGCUUGGGCUGGAUUUGCACGACGUUGCGGGGCUUCUUGCGGGGAUGGCUGAGGAGGUCUUGUUCCUUCAUGACAAAGGGUGGGCGCAUAUGGAUAUUACACCGGGUGCGUUUUUAGUCAAUGUGGCGAGCAACGCCGACGAGAAAAAGGUGGGUAUGCGACAUCGGGUGGCGUUUGCAGAUUUUGCGUCUGCGCGUCCCAAGAACCACAAGUGGUCUCACAUCGUGAAAACCCACAUUUUUGCGUCUGAGGAGUACACUGAUCCGCUUGUGUCUAGUCAGAUAAGGGAUGGUAAAGACGUUCCGGGAGUAACGCUUCAGGAGUCGGACACUUGGUCACUUGGUGUCACCCUUUCUAGGGCACUAGUCUCGCUUGUUGAACAUGUGAGCAUCAAGACACGGCGUCGCGGUCCCGAACUUAAUAAAGAAGAGCAAGAAAAGCUGGGGAAAUGGAUAGGAAGCGCGCGGAAGUGGCUUGACGAGAACCAAAAACUGGGACGACACAAACCACAAAACCCAAAUGAAGCGAAGCUCGCCUUCGUUAACUAUUGUAGCGGAUGGAGGUUAAGAACAAACAGAGGCGUCCGCGGAGGGGGUUGGAAUUUUGUCAGAUUUUGUCUAGAAUUUUGGAGAGUGUUAGGCUUUUAGUGAGUAUUCUUGGCCUUGAUUUGGUCCGUGGAGCUUGUUUUUUCAACAUACCGAAAGGGCAUGCCAGAAGUCUCGCUCUCAUUAAAUCAGUACAGACCUCAAAUCGAUGGCAUUCGCUGAGCUCAUAGCCUUGCAAUAUCGACGCCAGACUGGCAGGCUUUGACUUUCUUAGACUCUGCGUCAGAGUUGCCCACUUGGACUAUAUCAGACGAUUAUGGAUAUGAUCUGGCCUGGAUCUAGAUAUGUCACUUGUACGGUGAUGGGCAUCCUUGUCACAGAGAAAAACUAUGUAGGACCUUUCGUAGGCUAAGACAAUUUACGCACCAGCGGGAGGGCGGUGCGGAAAUUUAAUUGCCUUUAGCUACGAACUUAUUUUGAUAUAAGUAGGGUAGGCGGUAACCUUAUGAAGGUAAGCGCAUGAAUAUGCGUCAGCAUGAUGAAAACUCAUGAAAGUGCGUCAGUAUGUUGGCAAGCCCCCUUGUAAUUUACGAACUAGCCAUCCUAUUAAGUCGCGAAUUGCCUACAUUUCGGCGGUAGUUCGACCGGAGAGCCUGAGCCGCGGGAAAAAGGAGCUUUAUCAAGCAAUAACCUACUAGAGGCCAUGCUUGGAGGCGGGCGGGUCGUCUUUGGCAUUCUUGGCGUGUUUGCGACGAGGCAAGCGAACGCCAGACGGCUUCCUGCGUCGGUUUACGGGUUUGCGUAGUUGGUAGCUGUUCCAUGCAGCUCGACUGAUGAGCACGCCCGGGCCCGAGCAAACUUGCUGCGGGGGAACGCGUGGGCUGCGGGUGUUUUGUAACAAAGAACGGGGCGCCAGAAUGCAAAAAGGACCGGCUAGACCCUUUUCUGGGUCGUCUUCGUCGUCCUUUUGUUCGCAAUAGCGAGGGCCUAUCUAAUGCGUUGUGGUUUGUUUAUUCGUUUAUAGUGAGGGGGCUGAAGUCGUGCUUCUGGUGCUGCGCCGUUCCAGCACAUUACCGGAGUGAAGAACGUGAGGCAGCUGCAGGGAUCCGCUUGCUUUUCAGCAGCGGGCUUCACGAAACGCGUGAGCGGCCCGACCGGGUCAGCCGGCAACCGCUCCUGCUAUAUUAAAAACGUAAAAAGUAUGCGGGUAGCGUUUCCGAAAAAAUAUAGAAAAAGCGGCCCAGCUUUCACUUUGUUGCACCCUUGAAAACUGUUGGCGGAGUACUGGCCCCGUCGUAGUCUAGUUUUCAGAAAAGAUGCGCCCAAAGAUGGGUCGCGAUUUGUGGCCUUAGCCCUGGCUGUGUUUGUUUCAUCUGAGUCCUCCUGCCUUUCACCUCUGAGGACUCUUCGGCACCCAACGACGCCGGACCCACUUCGAAGCCCAAUCCUUCCCCUUCCAAGAACACUCUGUCUUUGAACUGUUUCGCGAACGUUGUGAGCUGUUUCGUGAACGCUGUGGGCUGUUUCGUGAGCGUUGUGAGCUGUUUCGUGAGCGUUGUGAGCUGUUUAGCGAACGCUGCGAACUGUUUCGCGACCGAACGGCGCGAACUGUUUCACAGCUGCCAGCUGUCAAAUCUCUGAGGCAUUAAAGAGGCCAAGGGUGAUAGAUAACAAGACGACAGGAGCCGAAAAAGGUGUGCAGAUAGCUUUGAGACUGAUCAAGAAAGUGCCGAAACGGCCGCGGCCGAGUGUUCCGCGAAGAAUGUGAACUGUCCCGCGAACAGUGUGAGCGGUUGGCUGUGCGAACAGUGUCAACUGUUCCGCGAACAGCGUGGACUGCUCUGCGAACAGUGUGAACCGUUCCGCGAGCGGUGUGAGCUGUUCCGUGAGCACUGUGAACCGUUCCGCAAGCGGUGCGAGCUGCCCCGUGAACAGUGUGAACUGCUCGGCGAACGGUGUGCGCUCGCUCACUCUUCUGUGAACAAUGUGAACGGUUCCGCGAAUAAGUCCACAGUUCUGCGACCACUUAGUGUGGGCGUGAACUGCUUCGCGAGCUUUGUAAGCUGUUUCAUGAAGAGCGGCGCGAACUGUUUCACGGCGUGAGCACUGCGAACUGCUUCGCGGACAUUCAUUGUGAACCGCUUCACAGCUGCCAGCCGUUAGGUGAAGCCCCAGAGACGAGGCACCAAGCCAAGACGGUAACAGGACGACAAUCAAAAGCCGAAAAAACUGCACAGAUUUGAGACGCUUCAAAAAAGUGAGAGAGGCGCGGCUGACUGUUCCGCGAGCGUUGUGAACUGUUCCGCGAGCGUUGUGAGCUGUUCUGCGAACGUGGGGACUUGUUUCGCCGACACUGUGCGUGAGCUGUUUCGUGAGCGCUGGGGGCUACAAUUUCACAGCUGUCCGGCGUCAAAUUUCAGAAGAAAGCGAGACAGCAGGCCAAAGCAGUAACAGCACAGGGUGACAAAGACAAAAGCCGAAAAAGCUGCACAGAAUUGAGGAGGUUCAAAAAAGUGAAACAGGCGCGGCUGACUGUUGUACGAACCAACGCCGCGGAGCCGAGCUGUUCCGCGAGCCUUGUGAAGAGUUUCGCGAACGUUGUGGACUGUUUUGCGGACGCUGGCAACUGUUUCGCGAGUGUUGUGGGCUGUUUCGUGAACACUGUGAACCGCUUCGCGAACGCUGUGAACUGUUUCGCGAACACUGUGAACUGUUUCACACCUUCCAGCCGUCAAACCGCAGAAACGGGCCACCAGGCCAAAGCGAUAACAAGGCGAGAAAAGCUGAAAAAGCUGCACAGGUCUGAGACUGUUCAAAAAAGUGAAACAGCCGCGGCGGACUCCUGCUCCGCGUGCGCUGUGAUCUGUUCCCCGAACACUCUGGGCUGACUGCUUCGUGAACGUUGUGAACUGUUUCGCGAGCGUUGUGAACUGUUUCGCGAACACUGUGAACCGUUUCGCGAGCGCCGUGGGCUGACUGCUUCGCGAACGUUGUGCGUGAACAGUUUCACGAUUGCCGGUCGUCAAUUCUCAGAAACGAGACACCAAGCCAAAGCGAUAACAAGACGAGGAAAGCCGAAAAAACUGCACAGAUUUGAGACUGUUCAAAAAAGUGAAGCGGGCGCGGUUGACUGUUCCGCGAACGCUGUGGGCUGACAGUUCCGCGAACACUGUGAACUGCUUCGCGAACGCUGUGAAGUGUUUCACACGUCGGCAACGUCAAAAGCGACCCACGUGGACAGAUAAGAGGAUGAAAAACACCCCCACAAGCUGCCCAGAGUUGAGCCUGUUGGUUCACAGAAAAGAACAGAGACGGCGGACUGUUCCGCGACCGCUGCAAACUGUUUUACGCCGGUGAUGCCAAAAGUGGCGCACUUUGAUAGGCAAAAGCAUGAAAAACACGCAGAAAAGCUGCCCAGGUCUGAGGCUGUAAAAUGAACAGAGACGGCUGAUUGUUCUGCGAACACUUCCAGAAGUUUGCCUAAAAUUGGCCACUUUUCAUGUUCGAAAUUUUGGCUCACUAAUAUGGUGCCGCUUCUGGGUUUUCGCCUUUCCUCUCUAGCAAAAUCCUGGCAACCAAAGUCAGAGUUGGAAUGUGUGAAACUGUUCAAAAAAGUGGAAGGGAGACGGCUGACGCAGGUCAGCAGAUGACGGCUAUUAUUCAUACAGGGGGCCUUACUACUUCGUGAGGCAGCUCGACCUCGAUGGCGUCACUCCAUCAGGCUCAUGGUGACGCAUCGCAGUCGACUCCGUGGACACUAGUCAAGCUCCCUGGACAUAUCUACCUCCACGAACAAGGACGAAAACAAAUAAGGAAACGAGAAAAAAGCGCAGACAGGUGAGGCCUGGGGGCUCAUUCGGUUCGCCAUGGGGUGGGUAGCGGACCCUGAUCACCCACAUGGCAAAGAACGGCGCUGGCUGAUCCUCUCCCAGAGUGAUGACCCCGCGAACGCGUAACCCCAAUAAAGGCGGAAGAAGUGGGGGCGUAGCUUAAGGAAUAAGGAUAGGGUGAGCCUCCGUAGGUCAGCUUUAAGACUAAGUGGCAGCGCUCGCUCUCCAUUGUUUGGCUGGGGCUAGAGCCUAAGCAGACACAUUCCAAGGCGGCCUAGAUGGUUAGAGGUGCCUCGUGGUCUUGGGGCCUUUUUUUUGCGCUCGCUGCUGCUGCCGUCGGCGUUUCUAAUAAAUUCAUCUACCGCGGCAAGCCUACUGGCUUGGACUCUUCUGCCUUAGACUACUUCUGGAGUGGUUCUGGUGCUUCUAUUUGUCGACUACGACUGUGAAUCCAGUAGCAGGGCUUGACUGCUGCAGUUCCCCAUAAUGGACUGCGUGUCUCAGUAUUUAGCUAGUUGGCCGGUGGUGCUGCUGUAGUGUUCGCCCUUAAUAUCUACGGCAUGCAAAUAGGGCUGGAGGUUUCUUCGUAAAUGUGAGAGGAUAGCAGAGAAACUGGCUCACAAUUACAGUAAGAGGCCGCUUCUUGUCGUGCGUAGGUAUCUCGAAUUCCUGAGAGAAUUGGGACAGGAAGACGAUGCGCAGGAGUGCUCUCCUUGUUAGUGAAGUGGGGCAUCGUGUUGCUGCUAUGAUUCUGCUUCUGCGGGUUGUGCUUAUUUCGGUUGACUCUCGGCUUCGCAUGUCAUAACAUCGCAGAAGGGCGCUCGCAGAGCAUGACUGAAGGAGCACUUUUUCACCCUCAUAGCAUCGAAGAAGCUGACCGAGAGAAGCGGCUGGCCAUCGCGCGCGCGCAUGUUUUUCGAUUGGGCGAGUUACGUGAUAGAUGAGACUCGGCUGGUCAUGUCAUUGCAUGCAGAGCCCCUCUCUUGGCUGUUUCCGCGAUCGAGAACACAAGCGGCGCAGGCUGGUCACCUCACUGUCUGCCUCACGAUGAGGAUGGGCCUGGUCGUGCCCUAAUCAAGUUAACGCCGGUGGCUUGCGACCUUGUAACCCCUCAGGGUAACUCCCACGGAUCUACUUGCUACACAUCAAAGGACUACCCAGCGCUAGCGCUACAACUGAGGAAAAACUUAACCCAGCAAGCACUCCGGCCUCUUGUUCGAUUCAAUUGCCUCGCGCUAUCUGUUAUGAUUUUCGUGCACCCAUGAACCACUUCGGCGGGUGACUCGAUGCUUGUGGGAUCGUCCCUCCUCUCCAGAUAUGUCGCCGCCCCAGCUCGAAGCCUCUUCUGGCAGAGUGCAAAGAUGACGAGGGACCGGGCUCGAAGUGGUACCCGAUAGGGGGGACUGUUGCUCGUCAUUGUAGUAGAGGCGACGAAGUUAGUUGCAACACCAUGGAGAACGAGGAUCGAUCAGCAUAAAAAGGCCUGGCCUAUUGAUUGCGGCACCGUCUACAUUGCUCCCCGUGAUCCAUGAGAAAAGGCCGACCUUGAUGCCGUCCCCUGGUUUGGGGCUUAGCCGUCUUUGAUGUAGAGAGAGCCUGCCUAAAUUUCGUGGCUUACUUUUCAAGAUAGAGCGCGGGUCUUCUUCUUAGGCUGAAGGGUACGCCGAUCGAUGAGAAUGGUGCAAGCGGGGACAGCUUAUACCUGUGCGGAAGAUGAGCAGUGGCAGCGAUGGCUUGGCAAUCGUUAGAGCCUGACGCCUUACGAUCGCCACCCUAAUCGCUGACAACUUUCCUCAGUCAGGAACGAACUGCCUAGGCGGCUACUGACUCGGAUGCUGAUCAAAUCGAAUAGCAACUAUUUCGCGCCAAUUUCAAUCCCCGGGGAUCUUAAAAAAGGGAAGCCACGGCAUCGCUGUGGCCAGUAGACGGCCAGCGAAAUGAAUAGCGUGGCCUUCCUCGCCUUGUGGUUACUGUAUUCUUACGCCGUCAUGACUCUCAGAGGGAAGAGGGGGCUGCUUUUGUACUACUGUCAGCCUUGCUUGCAGGUGCUGUCUUCGUAGUAGAUUAUUGGUUGUAAGGCGUCUUCAUCGCGCCACUUAUUAUCUCUCGCCCAUUCUUCUCCCCACCUUCCCCCGGUGGAUGCCUCUUCACAUGUGAAGCAGGCGCUUACCCUCAGAAGCAGGGGACUGCUCUCGUGCAGCAUGCGCUUCGGCUCAAUGUGGACGGAGAUGGUAUGGCCUACUAGUUGCUUGCUUGUGCUAGCUCAUUUUUCUGCGCAUGAUGGUGACCCGCUGGGUACUCUUUUGGGCAUGGUCGUGCAUCCACGGGCACGCCGUCGACACUCGACACAAAAUAACUAACGCAGGUCGCAGGCUCUGUGCUGGUUGUUCUAUCGCAAGGGGCUACAGUGAACUAGCGAGAGCCGUUUACUCACCAAGGUCCAGACUGUCUCGAGAAGGUCUUAGGCCUUCGAUCCUGGCGCCGCCUUUGUGUUUUUUGAGUCGUCAGACCCUAGCUUCAAGCCCGCGGUCGAUCUCGUGGGAGUGCAAGUUCUGGCAUUCGCUUUCACUGUUCUCAGUAGCAAGGUUCUGGCAUUGGUUUUCGACUAGUCAGCUUCUAGAUCCUGGCGCCGGUUUUCGAAUCUUUAAAAUAUAUGUAAGGCACUACUUCUGGCGUCGAUUUUUGAAUCUUCGAAAUAAGGGGAAGUCGCUACUUCUGGCGAAAUUCUAAACAAAAUCUGACUAAAUUCUGGGAGCGAGUGCGGGCGCCUCUGUUUGUUUCUAACGAGGCCUGGGGCCUUGGGGUGGGAUUUAGGUGAAACGCAAGUGCCGUGGCUCGGCUCAGGUUGGAACGCCGUAGCGGAUCUUGUUAAUCGUAUAGCGGUUCACGCGCUACGAUGCAAUCCGAAAAACCGAAAUCUUCGGCAGCUUGUGCAGGAGCUCAAAGCAAUAGAGCGGACGAUGAUCAAGAAGCCCCAGGCAAAGUCUGCGCCCAAGUCGCGUUCUUUACUCGAGCUUGCAGUAAAGACUCCUGAGCAGCUUGGGAACGGAGAGGAGAAUGCCUUCACCGACAUAGCAGAGGACAUCGCACUGGCCGAGUCGGAGUCCUUCCUUCCAUCGCGCUCAUCC